UCCGUUUUCAUUUCAUUUCAUUUCUACUGUAAUAAAUAAUUCUCCAUAUUAACACCCGUUUUCCAGCUCUCUCAAACAUGUCUCAAUUGAGUACUAACUCUCCUGCUUACGAUAUGAGCUUCGGAAGAAAGGACUACGAGUUUCUCAAGGAGAUCGGGCUCGGGCCGCAGAAUUUGGGCUGUUUUGUUAAUGGUGUUUGGCUGGGUAAUGGGCCCGUCGUUUCUUCUGUGAAUCCUGCUGAUAAUCAGGUAAUUGCUGAAGUUGCAGAAGCAUCUAUUCAAGAUUACGAAAAGGGUAUGCAAGCGUGCGCGCAAGCCUCGAAGCUAUGGAUGCAGAUUCCAGCACCGAAGAGAGGUGAGAUUGUACGACAAAUUGGCGAUGCACUGAGGACAAAACUCCACCCCCUCGGUCGGCUUGUUUCCCUUGAAAUGGGAAAGAUACUCGCCGAAGGAAUCGGGGAAGUUCAGGAGAUAAUUGAUAUGUGUGACUUUGCUGUGGGAUUGAGUCGUCAACUGAAUGGGCAAGUCAUACCUUCAGAACGCCCGAACCAUAUGAUGUUAGAGAUGUGGAAUCCUUUAGGGGUAGUUGGUGUAAUAACAGCUUUCAACUUCCCUUGCGCCGUUCUUGGAUGGAAUGCAUGCAUUGCUCUAGUUUGUGGAAAUUCUGUCGUCUGGAAGGGUGCUCCGACGACACCUUUGAUUACUAUAGCCAUGACGAAGAUUGUGGCUGGGGUAUUAGAGAGGAACAAUUUACCAGGUGCAAUUUUCACCGCCUUUUGUGGCGGAGCCGAAAUUGGUCAAGCUAUCGCAAAUGAUUCACGCAUUCCUCUAGUUUCCUUCACUGGGAGUUCAAAGGUGGGACUAAUGGUCCAACAAACAGUGAACCAAAGGUACGGAAAAUGCCUUUUGGAAUUAAGUGGAAAUAAUGCUAUAAUAGUGAUGGAUGAUGCCGACAUUGAACUUGCUGUUCGCUCCGUUCUGUUUGCUGCUGUCGGUACAGCUGGCCAGCGCUGCACGACAUGUCGGAGACUGCUUCUCCAUGAGAGUGUUUAUCAGAAAGUAGUUGAGAGAUUAGUUGAUGUAUACAAACAAGUCAAGAUUGGAAACCCGUUGGAGAAGGGCGUCUUACUCGGUCCGCUGCAUACACGUGCUUCGAAGGAAAACUUUGUGAAUGGCUUAGAGAAAAUCAAGUUUCAGGGAGGAAAGAUUCUCAUUGGUGGCAAUGUUAUAGAGUCUAACGGCAAUUUCGUACAGCCCACCGUAGUUGAAAUAUCUGCUAAUGCUGAUGUUGUUAAGGAAGAAUUGUUUGGUCCAGUUCUCUAUGUCAUGAAGUUUCAGGUGACACACAUGAGCCCAUACUCGACUCCUGCUCGCUCUUGUCUGAAUAUUUUCAAGGAUCGGCUUGAUUCAAGUGGGAACGGUGAUCGAAAGUACUUAUGGCUGGCACGGGCGUUGCUCGGCAGCGAAUGCGGACAAGUGUGGGCAGUAAUCGGCAUGUGGCCGAGAACUUGGGCAGACGAACAUUCGGAGGAAAUCGACCAUGACUUGACAAGUGUGGGCAAGUGUAGCACGAUCGGUUGGCAAGUCAAGGAAUGCAGCCCGAUGUGCGGGCGUGCUAAUGACCGUGUGGGUAAUGAAUUGGCAAGUAAUUGGCAAGGCGAGCAAAAUGUGCGGAAAAUGCAAGACACAUGGGCUGCCAAGAAACCGGUCGGGCUGUUUUGGGCCGUUUGGUGUGCGCGCGCGCACCUGAUCAAGAUGGGCCUCGAAAACCAGCCAUGUGGGCGCUUUUGA